UUCCCUCAAACCAAACGCUUUCAACUUUCCCGCCCCACCCUCUCGCUCCCUCCUUUCAAAGCAGAUCCUGAGAAAAUUCCCGAGAAAGUGACGGAAUUUUUUUUUGUUUUCCGAGAGAAAAGAAAUAGAAGAAUGGCGACUGUUGCAGUACCUCCUCCUCAACCAAUCGAGGCUCAGAAGAAGAACAGAAUCCAGGUUUCGAACACCAAGAAACCUCUCUUCUUCUAUGUCAAUCUCGCUAAGAGGUACAUACAGCAACACAAUGAGGUUGAGCUUUCUGCUCUCGGAAUGGCGAUAACAACUGUUGUAACAAUUGCUGAAAUUUUGAAGAACAAUGGACUGGCAACUGAAAAGAAAGUUUCAACUUCCACUGUUGGCAUGAAAGAUGAGAGUAAAGGACGCCUGGUCCAGAAAGCCAAGAUUGAGAUUGUGCUCGGUAAGUCAGAGAAUUUUGAUUCUCUUGUGGCUGCUGCUGCCACUGCGAUUGUUGAACCAGAGCUAGAGGCUGAGCCAAAGCCGGUGCAGGAGUCCGAGCCAAAGCCAGAGCUGACUAAUGAUGAAAAUAAAUAGAGGAAAUUGUGGAGAGAGGCCUUUUCGAUCCUUUUGUUGUUUUUUUGUUUUGGGUAGUUUUAACAUUUUUCAUCAUUCUUUGUUGUUACUCUCUGCCUAACUAAAGAGGUUGAAAUAGUUAGGUGAGUAGAGAAUAUAACAACUUCAAAUGAGUGGCAUCUCCAAUUGCACAUUCUUUGCUGUACUUACUAUCUCUCUCUCUCUCUCUUGUCUCAUCUUUCGUGAGAGUGUUGUAAAGGUUUUCUCUGGGAUCAUACUGUUCCAUUCUGGAUUUUGUAUUACCGAACAUGUACGAAAUGUAUUUUGCUUUUCUCUUCUUUCCCUUUAAUAUUGAAUUUUACUGAA